AUGUCUACGUUAGCUAUUCUCCUUCUCUGCGCUCUGGGCUGUCUGAUCCAAGAUGUGUGCGGACAGUGCCUGGGUAGAAGCCUGGGAGGCUGCGGCUGUGGAUGCGGCCUGGGCGGUUACGGCUUGGGUAGCUACGGCUGUGGAUGCGGCCUGGGCGGUUACGGCUUGGGUGGCUACGGCGGCGGGUAUGGUGCCGGUUGCGGUAGCUACGGCGGCGAGGGCGUCGGUAAUGUGGCUGUCGCCGGUGAGCUGCCCGUGUGUGGUGAAGCCUCUAUCUGUGGCAGCGUGCCCAUCAUCGGUGCCGUGAGCUUCGAGGGCCUUGCCUGUGCUAGAGGUUGCGUCUCUAUCUGCGGACGUUGCGUUCCCGACUGCGGUUGCGGAUGCGGAUGCGGAUGCCGUGGCUACUACUGA